GCCGUUGGAGGCUGGGGCCGGGGCCGGGGGCGCGGGGCGGGGCGGACGCUGCGGGCCGUUAGAAGCCGGGGCCGGGGCCGGGGCGCGAUGACUCAGCAGGGGGCGGCGCUGCAGAGCUACAACAACGAGCUGGUCAAGUGUAUCGAGGAGCUGUGCACCAAGCGGGAUGAGCUGAGCCAUCAGAUCCAGCAGGAGGAGGAGGAGAAGAACAAGCUGCAGAACGACAUCCGGCUCCUGACGGAGAAACUGGCCCGCGUCAACGAGAGCCUGGCUCGCAAGAUGGCCACCCGCAACGAGUUUGAGAAAACCAUUGCCGAGACCGAGGCUGCCUACACAAAGAUCCUGGAGAGUUCCCAGACGCUGCUCAAUGUCCUGAAGAAGGAAGCUGGGAAUCUGAGCAGAGCCACAGAACUGAAAAGUAGCAUCACAAAGGAGAGCUGAGCAUUUGGACUCAAACAUUCUGGCAGUCACUCUGGGGAGCUGCAGCGCCUUCGUGCCCUGGCCCAUGCUGGUAUUCUAAUCUAGGGGCUUGGAGUGGAAGCAAUGUCUAAUAAAGUCUUUGUUUUGCAAA